CCACACUUCCGGGCGCCGGUCAAGAAAGGUGUCCAGGAGGAUAUGAUUCUAGUUGGUCGUUAUUGAGGAACCAAAAUAUCUGCUGGGUCCUGAUUCCAUUGUGAUGACUUCCCUCCCUCCAUCCACCCCCCAACUAUCAGGAUGCAGAAGAUCUCAGUGCUGCUCUUCCUGACCUGGGUCAGCUUCAUCUUCUACGCUGGCAUUGCCCUCUUCACCAGUGGCUUCCUGCUCACCCGUUUGGAGCUCACCAACCAUAGUAGCUGCCAGGAGCCCCCAGGCCCUGGACCUCUGCCAUGGGGAAGCCAUGGGGGGCCUGGAGGCUGCUGGAUGGCUUCCCGGUUUGCCCGAGUCGUUUUAGUUCUGAUUGAUGCUCUUCGAUUUGACUUUGCCCAGCCCCAGCACUCACGGGUUCCUGGGGUACCUCCUGUCUCCCUGCCCUUCCUGGGCAAGCUGGGUACCUUGCAGAGGAUGCUGGAGACUCAGCCUCACCAUGCCAGGCUUUACCAGUCUAAGGCUGACCCCCCUACAACCACCAUGCAGCGCCUUAAAGCCCUUACCACUGGAUCACUGCCUACUUUUGUCGAUGCUGGGAAUAACUUUGCCAGUUAUGCUAUAGUGGAAGACAAUCUCAUCAAGCAGUUCUCCAAUGCAGGAAGGCGCGUGGUCUUCAUGGGAGACGAUACUUGGAAAGAUCUCUUUCCUGGAGCUUUCUCCCAGGCUUUCUUCUUCCCGUCCUUCAAUGUCAGAGACCUGCACACGGUGGACAACGGCAUCCUGGAACACCUCUACCCAACCGUGGACGGUGGUGAAUGGGAUGUGCUGAUUGCUCACUUCCUUGGUGUGGACCAUUGUGGCCACAAGCUUGGCCCUCAUCAUCCUGAAAUGGCCAAGAAACUUAGCCAGAUGGACCAGGUGAUCCAGGGACUUGUGGAGCGCCUGCAGAAUGAUACACUGCUGGUGGUGAUUGGGGACCAUGGGAUGACCACAAAUGGGGACCAUGGAGGGGACAGCGAGCUGGAGGUCUCGGCUGCACUUUUCCUGUACAGUCCCACGGCCCUCUUCUCCAGCGCCCCGCCAGAGGAACCAGAGGUAGUUCCUCAAAUCAACCUUGUGCCCACACUGGCCCUGCUGCUGGGUCUGCCCAUCCCAUUUGGGAACAUCGGGGAGGUGAUAGCCGACCUGUUCUCAGAGGCCACAGACUCCCAGCCGCUCUCCUCUGCUUUGGCCCAGGCCUCUGCCCUCCAUCUCAAUGCUCAGCAGGUGUCCCGAUUUCUUCGCACCUACUCAGCUGCUGCUCAGGACUUCCCAGUGCAGGAGCUGCAUCGUCUGCAGAAUCUUUUCUCCAAGGCUUCUGCCGAAUUCCAGCGGCUGCUGCAAAGCCCACAGGGUGCCGAAGCGGCCCUGCAGACUGUGAUGAUGGAGUUGCAGCAGUACCUGCGGGGAGUUCGGGCCCUGUGCAUUGAGUCCUGGGCUCGCUUCUCUCUGGUCCGCAUGGCAGGGGGUGCUGCUGUCUUGGCUGCUGCCUGCUUCCUCUGCCUGGUGGUUUCCCAGUGGGCCACAGCCCAGAGCUUCCAUUUCUCCCCUCUUCUGAUAUCCAUGGCCUGGGGACUGGCUGGGGCGUUAGUGUGUGCUGGACUAUUGGUAACUGCCGGACACCGGCUGGAUCCUGUGGUUCUCGGAGCCCUGGUCGCAGCGGGCUCACUCCUACCUUUCCUGUGGAAAGCCUGGGCGGACCGGGGGGCCAAGAGACCCCUCGCUGCCUCACUGCCCAUCCCGGGAGCUAUCCUGUCCCUCCUGCUCAUUCGCUUCGCGUCCUUCUUCUCUGAUAGCUUUGUGGUAGCCGAGGCCGGGGCCACCCGCUUCCUCUUGAUCUCCCUCAUUUUGCUCCUGGUGGCCCGGCUUCACUGGGAAGGCAAACUGCUGCCUGCUAAGCUCCUCACAGCCCCCCGCCUGGGCUCCGCGGGCCACCCAGUGCCCCCUCGGCGCCAUGCCGUCCAGGCCCUGGGGCUGGGAGCUGGGUUGCUCUUGUGUAUCAGGCUGGCCGGGCUCUUUCAUCGCUGCCCUGAGGAGACGCCUAUCUGCCACUCCUCCCCCUGGCUGAGUCCCCUGGCCUCCAUGGUGGGGGGUCGAGCCAAGAAUCUGUGGUACCUCGCCUGCGUGGGGUCCCUGGUGAGCCUGCUCAUGGCUGUGCGGCUGUGGCUUCGCCGCUACGGGAACCUCAAGAGCCCAGAGCCGCCGGUGCUCUUCGUGCGCUGGGGGCUGCCCGUCAUGGCCCUGGGCAUGGCUGCCUACUGGGCCCUGGCAUCGGGGGCAGAGGAAGCACCCCCCCGGCUCCGGGCCCUGGUGGCCGGGGCAUCCAUUGUGCUGCCAAGGGCUGUGGUGGGGCUGGCCGCUGCGGGCCUCCUGCUGCUGCUCUGGAGACCUGUGACAGUGUUGGUGAAGGCGGUGUCCGGUGCCCCAAGAACCAGGACAAUCCUUACUCCCUUCUCAGGCCCCCCCACUUCCCAGGCCGACCUGGACUAUGUGGUGCCACAGAUCUACCGACACAUGCAGGAGGAGUUCCGGGGCCGCCUGGAGCAGGCCAGGCCCUCAGGCCCACUGACCCUGGCUGCCUGUCAGUUGGGGAGUGUGUACUCGGCUGCUCUGGUCACCGCCCUUACGCUCCUGGCCUUCCCGCUCCUGCUGUUGCACGCAGAACGCCUGAGCCUGGUGUUCCUGCUCCUCUUCCUGCAGAGCUUCCUCCUCCUGCACCUCCUGGCGGCUGGGAUCCCCAUCCGCACCACGGGUCCUUUCACUGUGCCGUGGCAGGCGGUCUCUGCGUGGGCCCUUCUGGCUGCACAGACCUUCUACUCCACAGGCCACCAGCCUGUCUUCCCAGCCAUCCACUGGCAUGCGGCCUUUGUGGGCUUCCCAGAAGGCCACGACUCCUCCACCUGGCUGCCUGCUCUGCUGGUGGGCGCCAACACCUUUGCCUCCCACCUCCUCUUUGCAGUGGGCUGCCCUUUGCUCCUGCUGUGGCCCUUCCUGUGUGAGAGCCCGGGGCCCCGGAAGCAGCGACCACCACCAGCCAAUGAAGCUGAGGCCAGAGUUAGGUCAGAGGAGGAGGAGGAAGAGGAGCAGCCACUGAUGGAGAUGCGGCUCCGGGACGCACCUCACCUCUUCAACGCGGCGCUGCUUCAGCUGGGCCUCAAGUACCUCUUUGUCCUCGGCAUUCAGAUUCUGGCCUGUGCCUUGGCAGCCUCCAUCCUCCGAAGGCAUCUCAUGGUCUGGAAGGUGUUCGCCCCCAAGUUCAUCUUUGAGGCCGUGGGCUUCAUUGUGAGCAGCAUGGGACUUUUCCUGGGUAUUGCAUUGGUGAUGCGAGUGGACAGUGCUGUGAGCUCCUGGUUCAGACAGCUGGUUCAGUCCCACCAAAGGUAGCUCAGGCUGCAGGUGCUGGCCUCUGGCCCUGGGGAAAGCUGGAGAGCUGUCUGGCCUGGCCCACACGGGUGCUGGAUCAUCUGCAAGAGCAGCUUAGCCAUGCCUCUUGCUACCACACUGCCUGGAGCUCCUGGCCUCUGAGACUUCACUGUUUUAUAUUCAGGAUCAUAAGGGGCAGCCUGCCGCCUGAGUCCUGUUUUGGAGGCAUCCAAAGGACUGUGCUGAUAGGAUACCUCCAAAUUGGAAUAAAGUAAUAAUGGAAGUAUGUGCAUCUCAGAUGCUGGGCAGGAGGGUCCCUCCUAUUCUAUAGGGGGAAGGGGCAGACCCAGAGAUCAGCCAUCUGAUACAGACUUGACUCCCUCUGGGAACCGCGGGGAAGUGGCUGGAGUGGACUGGUUCAUGCCUGCCUCUUCCCAGCUCAUUCCUCGUAUUGCACCUCCAUUUCCCUUUUAAUGCAACAUGUGUGAUGACAGAUGGCUGAAAAGCAGCGCCAGCAUGAGGGAAAACACAGACUUUCACUGUCUAAUGCCCCAUAUUGUGUGCUUUUUUUUUUUUACCCCCUCUACAUGUUCUUUCGCUUGACAACACCCUUUGCCCUUCAUCUGAGGUGGUUAGACCAGGGAACUUGCUCAGAGUUCUGGAACACAUGCUUGGGUUUCAGGAGCCCCGGGUUCAAUCCCCUGUACAUCAUGGUCCUCCAGUUAAAGUGCUUAUUUUGCAUGCCCCCGGUUUGAUCUCUGCACCACAUAUGUUCCCCCGAGCACUGCCAAGAGUGACCCUUGAGUGCAGA